UUUCUCUCUUCUCUUCUUCUUCUUCUCAUUUCUAUUUUCUUUCUCAAUAAUCGAUUCUUCCUUACUCUUCCUGCAGAUAUCUUCCUUCUUUGUCAAUUCCUUGAUCCAACAAUCUUAACAUGGGCUACUUGAAGGAACAAACCAAUCAACAAACUGAUCUGGCUGCAGUUUUACGUGAUGGAAAAGAAAUACUUCUUCAGGGAUUCAACUGGGAGUCUCACAGAUAUAAUUGGUGGAAUAAUUUAGAAACUAAAGUUCCUGACAUGGCUAAAUCUGGAUUUACAUCAGUUUGGUUGCCACCACCCUAUCAUUCAUUUUCACCUGAAGGUUACACUCCACAGAAUCUUUAUUCUCUCAAUACUAAAUAUGGUUCUGAACGUCAGUUAAGAGCUUUGCUUCAGAAGAUGAAACAAUACCGAGUGAGAGCAAUGGCUGACAUAGUUAUCAAUCAUCGUACUGGCACCACUCAAGGACAUGGAGGAAUGUAUAAUCGUUUUGAUGGAAUUCCUUUAGGAUGGGAUGAACGUGCAGUGACAUCAUGCACCGGAGGACUGGGAAAUCGAAGCACUGGAGCUGUUUUCCAAGGAUUUCCUAACAUUGACCAUACUCAGGAUUUUGUGAGAAAAGAUAUCAUUAACUGGCUUCGCUGGUUGCGUCAUGACGUGGGUUUUCAAGAUUUUCGAUUUGAUUUUGCAAAGGGGUUUUCAGUAAAAUAUGUGAGGGAAUACGUCGAUGGAGCAAAACCUUUGUUUUCUGUUGGAGAGUAUUGGGAUACUUGUAACUAUAAGGGUUCUUCUUUAGACUAUAAUCAAGGUAUAUUUAUUGAAUCGGAAAUAAUUUUCAUUUAGUUAUGAAUUUUUUAUAAUUU